AUGAAUUUUAAUGUCUGGAAUAUCAAAGAGAUGUUCAGUACUCCCACAGCCACAAGGACUAAUAAAUCAUCCAGUCGGAGCAGUGCUCCUAGUGAUUACUCCAGCCUCAGUGACUCUCAGUUCCUCUUUGGUUCCCAGUUCUGUCCAGAGAACUCACAGUCAGCACCAGUGCCCCUGGAAUGCAGUGCACAGUCAAGACAACAAAAAAACUCCCAGCAGAACUCUGAGGAUAGCGAGCCCAGUAUUUUUACGAAGUACCAGACAAAACCACAGUUGUUUGGUGGCGAUGAAAAGGAAAAGGGUUCAUUUGAUUUUGGUGUUGGAAAGCUCAAGAAUGUCUUAGAGCAGUUUGAAGUGAAUAAGAAAAAAAUAAAGGACAAACAUGACAGUGAAGUUUUAAGCACCUUUAUUUCCAGUGUCAAAGAAAGUGUUCAGGGGUUGCAAACGUGCUUGGACAAGUUUGAAGAAAGUUUGGAUUCAAGAAAUAAAUCCAUUUUGGAUGGCUUGGAAGCCGUUUCUAAGACCUUGCAAGAGACUGCUCAAUCCCACUAUGAAUCAGUGCUGAAUGCUCUAACAGACAAAAGCCAAACUGAGCAGAUAUUACUGGAGAUGGAGAGGAGACUUGCAGCUAAAGAUAUGGAGAUUUUAGAUGUGAAAUCCAACUUACAGUUACUGAAGGAGAGUCUGGAACUACUAACAUCUCAGCAGAAUAAGCAACAUCAGAAGCUAUGUGAACAGUUAAAUCACCUACCAUUCCCCAACAUCUUAGCUGAACUGCAGACAUUCAUUUCCACUUCCAGAUUUCCCAGUUGCAUAAAGGAUAACGCAUCCCAGACCUCUCCAGAUAUAUUACAGGACCUCUAUCUCAUCAGUCAGGAGAAAACAUGCUGUCAGUGCGAUCAGACCACGAGGGUUUGCAGAACGAGUUCCUUUCAGACUCAGCUGCGCUCCAUGACAAUGGCAAAUAGACAUGGAGAUUCCCAUAUGAAGAAUCACAUAGCUAAAGAUGAUACAAACAGGACUGAUUUAAACACAGUAGCUGGAAGGGAGGUUAAUCUCACUACUACAGUUUUACAAGGCAAAGAAAACAUGACUAUUCAAGAGAUGAAGUCUGCUUUAGAAAAGCAACUCUCUGCUAACAAUCCACCUUGUGCCUGCUGCUCCAACACUGACGUUUCUUGGGAUAGUCAUAAGAAACAUCAGCUGCUUACUCAAGAAAUACCUCAAGCCACACCACUGAGGACGGUAAUCGGGAAAGACUCUAAGGGAAUCAAAACUGUGACUCCUUCACAACAAAAUCAGAGCCAACUUUGCCAACCUCCUGUACAAAACAAUAUGGCUGGACAAAGAGACAUAGACUUUGCCACAGACAACAUGAUGCAUAUCACAGUUGUAGGAAACAGACUAAAAAAAGAAAAGUCCAAAAAACCCUGCCGGAGUAAAUUAACAGUGAGGAAAAGAAUGUACAUUGCUAAGAAAAAAGGAGACCUUUCCAAGUGUCCUGACAGUGGUCUGAAGAAAAAAAUGACCAGCAGGUGGAUGGAGUCGGAGGAUUCCAGAAAAAAUUACUCUCCCACAGAUACAGUUACGCUUCAUUCAGGGAACUCUGGCCCAGGGUCUUCAGCUCCCAGCCACCAAAAGCUAAGCAGGGCCCAACACAGGAAGAAAGAAAACUCCUUGCCAGUGCUCCACUCCCAUGAAAACCCGGAGCGGCUUGCAGCCAAGAGAAAGGGAAUAUUGGAAAAUAAGAGGAGAGUGGAUAUUUGCAAUACCAAAGGGACUCUCUGUUUCUGGGAUUGCUCUCCCAGGGAGAGUGACAUCAAGGGUGAAAAACAGAUGAGCUGGUUCAGUCUCCCAAGCACCAUGGCUUCUAAUAAGUCGUGUCUGUCUUUCGCCCCUGCCCAGCAUAAGAAUACAACAUUUUGCUCCUUAGUUUUUGAUAGUGAUUAUUCUGAUUGA